AUGAACAUGCACGCCGUAACAACUACACAACGACCAAGCUGCACACCAAGAGAAAACAAACGCCCUACCGCUCUUGCUCAGAACCAACCAAUGCAUGGGGACGGACGAUCGACGAACAGUAAGGGAUUUUAAUACGAAAGAGAAGUUUUUGACCAGGUUGACUUUACUACGGAUAGAGAAGUUUUUGACCAGAGUGGCGAAAGCUCCGGCAAACCGGAGCACAUUAGCGACUCUUCUUCAACGGGAUCGCUACGGUUUUGACCAGAAUGAAAGACAACAGGGGCCGAGGAGUCUUCAGCUGAGACGCGACUUGCUCAAAGCGCUCCAGCCAGCUAGUAGUCGGAGAAAAAGGAACAACACAACGAUAAAACGACUAGAACGACUUGAACGACAAGGCUUAGUAUAAUCGAGGGCUAGCUAGUUAACUAAAUAGAUUUCACCUUAUCUGCCCUCCGGGCGCGACCUUCAUAUAUUGAAAAUAGGCCUUGUAAGUAGUGCGGGCAUGUAGUAACCACAGCGGGGUUGGGUAUUACCGUUUUUCGCACCUUGCUCCCCGCCUUGGACCUGGUCGCUCUGGCUCGCUACGGUAAUGCCCCUCCCUAUUCCACUCGUCCUGAUGAAAUAUUGCCGCGCAGGCUCCUAUUUCGUCACUCAGUUCCACGGGUUUUUUUCUCUCGUCUCCUCCACAUGCCUGUUUCCUUUUGCUUCUUCUUGCGCGCCGCCCACAUCUCUUUCCGCACGUCCCCCUUUAUGCGUCUAGGCCUCGGUCUCCGACCAGCUUUGCAGAUGCCUACUCCGGUCCCGGAGUUAGCAGUUUCUCGCCCGUCUCUCUUCUACUUGGGGUUACUACAUGUCGGGGGGGUUUACAUGGUAUUUACUCGAUGCAGAGACGCACCGAGUAAAUGCCUGGUGAUUACGUGCAUGGGAGUCAACAUGCACGUAGCUUACGGAUCGAAAUCUGCUGCUCUCUUUUUUAGAUUUUCCCGGAUGCCACGCAGGAUCUUCAAAAAGAAGAAGUUACAACCUGACAGUCUGCCAUGCAUGAAGUUUUGUAUUACCACACGUGGACAAAUAGGCUGUUUUUAGAUCUGGUUGCAGUUGGUGACGCAGGGGCUUUAUCUCUUUGUCAUGAGUGGUACUUGGUGGCAAGAUGCCCAAGAAUUUGUCAUGCUAGGUUCAACGUGUGAGCCCGUUAUUUUUAUUCUGUGUUUCUAGAGUUUUAUAUGACUCACCACUGCAAGGCGUAGUUACUUAGUACCAGCCUGAUUCUUGCAUGUUCAUGAUCCACAAAGCAGACAGUGGCGCGCUCAUGUCGAAGGAGCUAACUGCUAUAACUGAUGUUCCUGGCACUCAUUCCCAGCUGUCGCUCGUUCUUGGUUUCGUUUUGAGAGAGGUUAGUUUCCAAUUGAGAACUAUGAGUUGAUCUCCACUCUUGAGCGAUGCAAAUAGAUAAUUAUAGUAGCUUUAGUACUAAUCAAUCCACGUAUUUCCCGCGUGGUUGCUCAAGGUGGAGCCGGCGCCUGUACCCUCGGGCAACCAUCUAAGACGCGGAAAAUAGCGAGCACUCUUUCUCCGUUUUUCUCGACUUUUCACGACGCCUAGUUUUCCUCUCCCCCCCUGUUGCCAGUCGUGCUUGGUUUUGUCCACACCUUCAUGGUUGUGUUUAUAUGUUUCGCAAGUCGAUUGGCAUUUUGCAUGUUAGGCUCCGGCCUAUCGGGAUGAAAACCUGGUUUGUGCGCAUGAUUGCACGUCGUGAUAGUCUGGCUUUUUGAUGCAUGAUAGGCAUGACGUGCCACUUCUUAGAGUGGUAGGGAAAAAAGGAAAAGAGACGGUACAGGCAGAAGUGGAUAGACCGGUCUAGAAAGCGCGCUAGUAUAUAAUAACCUUAUCUUUAAUUAUGAAUACACUUUUUCUAUAUUUUUUAGACUUCUGUAAGUUCUGCUUUUUCUUUCCGCCCUGGUACACGCCUGGUUUCAACUCGGCCUUGUGCAGCGACUCGUCCUCCCAUUGUUGGACAGGAAGCAGCAAAACCAGCAUAUGAACUCACACAAUACAGCUCCGGCACCAUCCAAAUUACGAUUGCAAUCGUAAAACGCACAUAUUUACGUGGCGCGCGCAACUUGGUUUGCAGCGUUGCCAGCGGCUGGCAACGCUCCUGAUGCGCCGUGGUGGAAUGCAUGCAGCGAUGGCGCAACUUGGUGCGCGAGGGGCGCCAGCUUUCGUUUGUCUUCCCCCAGUCAAUGGUGGCGAGGGGUGUGGAAAUGGUCCGCGGGCAGAUUUGGGGCCGGCGUUUUGCGCUGUGUAAUGUUGGCUUCCCCGGGUCGCCUGGCCCUGGUCGGUCUCUGGAGGCGCUGGCAACCAAGUGGUGAUAGAUCGGGCGCGAGCGUGGGUCCCCUGCGUUUUUUCUUGCUGCAGGGGCCGUCGUUGGCGGAGCCCCUGCGCACUCUAAGGCGUUGCUGCCUCUCGGAAGUAGGCGUCGCGCGACCCACGCGGCGCUGCCGCCUGCGGCGUGGUAAGUAUUUUCCCGCUGCCGGGGCUAGUGCCGAACGCACGCGAGCCUCCCUCUGCCGGCGGGGCGGGGGCAGGCAGUGUGUGUUCUCUCCGUAGCAUCCCUCUAGCUGCCGCGCUGGGGUUUUUGUUUUUUGGUUCCCACCGAGAAAACGACUCGUGCCAGCGAAUGAAAGAACCAAUGGAAUUGGGUGGGCGGCGCACCGUGUCUGGGCCGGCGCGUUGUCCGGUCUCUCUUCCCGGAAAGCCAACGCGGCCUGAUUUCUGCUUUUCGGCAGGCCCCCGCAUGCUUACCUUCGCUUCUUUCUUCGCCGUCUACCGGCACACGCUUGCCGGCUUUUCCCUUCAUUUUCCGCCGGCAAUAGGCUAUGAACAACUGCGGCCCUAUUCCGCUGGAUGUUCCCUCUUUUUCUGUUCUGCUUCUGUUGCGCGGGCGCCGUCACCGCGCACCAGGCCGGGCCCAGCGUCCCGAUUCAAUCGGCGAAACAGGUCGCGCCAAGGUGUUUCGCCGAUUUAAUCGGUGGCGUUUUGUCGAAACAGGUCGCGCGGAGGUGUUUCGACGUCGAAACACCUUCGCCCGAGCUGUUUCGCCGUUGGAAUCGAGAAACUCGGCCUGGUUGGCUCUCGUCCGCGCAGCCUUUUUUUUCUUGGCCGGCCCCUGUCCCAGGCCCUUUUCCCAGCUGGGCACUAGAUCUGUGCGGGAGAUCUGGCCGCGCCUUUCUUAGCCCUGAGACAGGCAGAUACAGACGCGCGCUGCCUCUGUGCGCCAAAGCGCCUCCCCGGUUUUUUUUUUGAAUCACGGGAUGGCGUGAUAAGUGCAGAGCCCGUGAGGCUUGUGGCCACCGUGCCCACCACGCGUUUCGGGUAGAGGGCUAACAACUCCGGACGGGCGCGCGGGCACUGGCCGGGCCGAUUUUUUACUUUUGCUGACGUGGCGGGUGUAGCGGCUGGGGCCUGUGUGCCAGAGCGCCCACCGACGCAGACCCCCCCCGCCAAAUCCACACACAGCCUGCGUGUUGGGCAGGGCCUUCGGGGAUCGGCCGUGGCGCAUGGCAUUGCAUGCGCAUCGCGCUGCGGAGGGGAACUAGCCCUGCGCAGUGCCGGCCCUCUAACCUGUCAGCAAUGUCGUACGAGUGGGCCGUGGCCCGACGCCAAGGGAGCAGGUAGCUGCCCUGCCGCCGCUGCGCACGCGCUCGUCUCCCAUUGUUGGACAGGAAGCAGCAAAACCAGCAACAGAGCAUGCCGGUGAAGAUGCAGCGCAAGUGGAAGCAACAGAGCGCACCGUCGGUGACGGUCGGGCGCCUCCUACCGAAAAGUCCUCUCGGACUCGUGACGAGACACACUACGGGUCAGCAUCAAGCUCGGCUGUGCCAAAAUCUCGCCCAGUGUCAGAAGCGCGACACAAGAACAGGAGAAAAGGGCUCGACAUGGCUUCUUUUCAGCCUGGUCGCACGAGGGGGAACGUGCACACCCUGUCCUUCGAAUCUUCAGAGCAACUUCCACAGAAGUACUCGUCUCCAGUGGCAGGCGGUAACAGCACGCUGCUCCAGGUAUCCUGUAUUUUCAUUGAGGAAGUACCCGUACUCUGUUCUAUGCAGUCAAUAUAUUCAUUGCUCUAUCCCCUAGACAAGAGUGCGGAGUGAGGGCGCGCCGAUGAUACGUCCGUAACAAAAUAGUACUUGAUGUGGGUCCGCUUCCAUAGUUUUUAAACUUUUCAGCAGCAAAGAUCUUAUGCCGACGCCUUCAGGACAUGUUCUGCUUUUCACUUUCUCCCGCACUUUGAGCAAGGGACCUGCUUGGUUGGGCGACAAAUCUUCUCGUUCUCUCAACGGCACCCGAAAUGGGUCCCGGGUAGUUCGGCUACUUUGCAAUAAACCUAGCUGCGCGUCCGAAAUCGCCUGUCCGAAUCCGCAAUCGGAGAGGAGCAGCCAAAAAUGCCUCGCAAAUCUCCAGCGCGCCUCCUGGCGCUUUUCAAAAAAGCCAAGUCGCGGCCUCCCUGAAAGAUAGACGAAAGGCCAGCCGGAGCACCGCUCUCACAUUGAUCGGGCAACUGCGAGUUCUAGGAUACCCAAGCGACCUCGCAAAGGGCGAAUGCUGUAGGGGAAGCAAGAUUUAUUUUCUCGAGCCUUCAUAACAGUGCGAGGGCGCCGAAGCAUGGGAACGGAAAAAGACGAAGCGCGCCGAACCCCGGGCGGGGGCGCAGCAAACUCUGCAUGUGUUUUGCUCCGGGCAUUCGCACAGCAGGGCGCGUGCGAAUGCCCUUCGGAAGCGCGAGCGAGUCUUCAGUCCCGUCUGCCGCGCCGGGUGGUCCAUGUGGUGCGAUGGGAUCGCAGUCCUCAACUUUAGAAAAUCGACACAGAGCCUGGCUGUCUGCAUCGGGUUCGCCCAACCAUCUCAAGGUGGCCGCAGUCGUGCUCUGGUUUAGGUGAGCACGUUGCUUGUCGCAGAUAGGACUUUCUAGAUUGCGUGGAAGAUCUGCAAGAACUUCCUCUGCAACGAGUACUGGCGCUACCUUCCUGUUCCUUCUGUUUUUUUCUGCAGCUCAUUAACCUUGACUCGGCCCAGCGCUCCAGCCUGUCACACACAUGCGUCGCUAUUUCUCAAGUGAGGGAAGGCGAAGGUUGAUGAGGAUUCAAAAUCAAAAUAAAUCAAACUGCGCAAAAUAUUCCAUUCAGAUUGGUGUUGCUUCCAGUUCAGUAUCGCAAGCUGACCAUGGGUCGAUCUCGAUGAGCACGAUGUUAAAUAGUCUUGUGGCUUCUGAUGAUACCUCGAGGAUCAAGGUCGCAAAAGAUCACCUCACUCAUGCUGCCUACAGUCAGUUUGGUUGGCUGGGAGACGACUGUAAAUGGAAGCCGAAUUAUUGGGCACAGACGCUGGGGUACAUCACAGAGGAAGAUGUCGUAUCCUGUGUAAAAACGUCCCCACCCGCACUCCAUAGUCAAGAUGGGAAAUCUGCUAGACAAACACAAAUCAACAAGCUUUGGAAGUUGUGCAUGAUAAGUUUGGCAUCGUAGCCUAAUCCUGUUUAGGUAGUUCAGCAGCGUCACAGAUUUAGGACAUCAUGCUGAUCGGAGCGCGAAAAAUUCCAAAACACGACUAGAAAAUGUUUCUCAUGGGGCUCCGCAUGAGAAGCGUUUUGCUUUUGGGCAUGCAGAUUUGCUGUAUUACAACUCUGGGGUGGGGACGUUUUCACAUAGGAUAUCUCGAGGUCGAUAUUCACAGUUGGGCCCCUGAGGUAAACGCAGAUCGCGCCCAAGACGAAAUGGAGUGUGUGCAGCAUUUUUACGGCAGGAACCCUCCGAUCGCGGGUAGGUCGCUUCGAUAUGUACUCCAAUAUCACAAGCACUUUAUCACAAUGGGAAAAGAGUUUUUGGCAAGGCAGUUGAGAAAACUACAACAAGGCGUCCAAAACGAUGAGGAUGAGAAAGACUCUGACCAAUUCGAAUUUGCUGAAGCUAUCAAGCCCUUCUUUGAAGGCACGGACGAAAUCAUGAACCCUUGCCCGCCAAGUUUGACGACUACACCCUUUUGGAUGGGUUCUAAAGACACUCCCGCCACCGAACAGUAUCUUAAGAGUGCCGGAAACGAUGCGACAAAAGAAGACCCUUGUUUUGACGGAAACCGCCUGCACCGAUGGGCGGAGCUCAGGCAGAUUGCGAUAUGGGAGGUAUUGCAGCAGGCUACAGCCCUCUCGCUCAAUAGAUGAGCAAUGUUUUGUCUGCCCAGAGCAGCAUUUUGGUUUUGUGAACAAGAGAAGAGAAAAGAAAGAAUGAUCGAUAGAGAAAGAAAACAAAAGGCAAGGCUCCAAGCCUAGGCGGUAGCAACUGGCGGGGCAGGCCAUGACUCCGCGUUUUCCUGUAUCCCCCGGUGGCGUCGGUAUGCCUCUCCUUCUGCUUCGGCAACAAGGGAGUCAGUGCGGCCCCUAAAGAGGGUAGGUCGCGCUGUGGUUCUUGAUUCCGGUUUGACGUCAGGUUGAGCACGUGGGGCGGGCUGCUCAACAUCACUGGCGGUUCUUUGGGGGCUAAUUUGCCCACACGGAUGAGGUGGUAGAGGUGUGGCGCUCUUCUGAAGUGCAGCGGCAGUGGGUUUUCGGAUGCACUCAAAUUGCGCGACUCCCUACGCUCGGUCGCUCACCGCUAAAACGGGCGGCAUUUGGUCUUGUUGCAGUGUUUAAGCCCCUCCAGGCUCUUGCAAAGGGCUGACUCUCAGGGAUCACUAGCUGCAUAUGUCAGACAGUUACUCGCGCGCCAUAAGAUGCGCGCAAAGGCCGCUUGGGUUUGUGAAGUACAACGAUGUAGCACCAGCACGUCCGGUUGCUGGGGACCAGGGGUUACGUGCAACGGCGAAAGGAGCGCGCAGGUGGCCUCGGGGCCUCGCCCCAACGCGAUCUGCUUUGAACGCUGUGUAAAAACACCGUAAGAACGGCUGAUCGCCUGUGACUUCGGGUACAGAGGGUGUGCGGCCUUCUUUUUACCUGGGUCCGGCCGAUGGGCUCGUGUUUUGUCCUUUGUUGGGUCGGUUGCGGCGAGUCCCAUUAUGGACCGACCGAAAGAGGCAUGAAGGAGGAAGACGAGGCCAGGAAAACAGAACACAUUAGCCUUGGGGCCUCUUGCCGUGCAUUUGUAUGGCCCACGCUUUCGAAGACAUUCUGGGGCGGAAAACACAAAAAGCCGCUGGCAUCGGUGGCGCAGCGCGACCACGCUGGCGCAAUAGCAGGUUUGGGCGCCGCCCUUUUAUCGUUCACUCAGCAUCUCGCGCCCUUGUCCCCGCAGCAGAAGGCGAUAGGCAUGCAGCUAGGAAAACGAAGGGACAUGCCGUAGCUAGGCCAAUCUCCCCGCCCACAGUUUCUGGGCCUUCUCUCGGGCCCGUUGCGCAGUACUCCGACGCGGAAGCAAAUACUCGCGGCGGCUACAUUGUCCUGUUGGACGGAGCCGCCGCGGCUGCACUGUGUUGGCUACUCCCUAGCGAGGAGUCGUUGAGCACCCUUUAAUUACAACCUGUUGGGCGUUCAGGCAUGUCUGUGGCAAGGCGGGCACGGAGCAGGCGUGCGCCCCGAUCGCUUGAUGCUCAGUGGCUGCAUUCUUGCGCACAUGGCACGGGCGAACGCCUAGGGUUGGGCGCCAAGUAUUGAUGCGGUGUGGCUCCGCGCAGUUUCACUUUCGUUGCCAUCGCUUGCCUCGUUUGCUAUCUAUUAAUUUGUCCUUUCAGUAAUAGUAUAGAGUACUCACUCGCCUUACUGUAUUGUAUUACUACUCGCCACACUGUAAACACGACAGAUUACCGCCCCGUAUUGCAUUGCCGCAGCGCAGGAGGACAACAUCUUGGUACCGUAUAAUGCGGAAAGUCACAGGACCGAGGACAAGACUUCUCUGAAGAUCAGGUGCGCAGCUACUCACAUUACAGGCCUCACAGAAAAGGACUGCUAUGGUUUCCUCAGACGUUAUCGAAGUUUCAAUCGUUGCAGGGGCCCCCGUCUUCUUAGUUGGUCUGGACGACCAUGUGCCGUGGGCGUGUUUUUCAGCAAACGACACGCCAACAUCGAACUGGACUCCAAAAGCAAAGGCGCAUUAUGGCGGACGAAGUGAAACCAGGUCUGCAGCCGCUCGCGCCGUGUGCGUGGGCAGUGAAGAUCAGCCCGUUGGGGCGAGCGUGGGUUGGGAUUGGGGCUUCAGGUGUUUUCGUGUGACGCAGCUGCACCGGCAGGAUGGGUAGUGAAAUCAUUGCGCCCCCGUGCCUCAAAAGCGGGGGCCGACCGCCCGCGGCGAAGAUAGUUUUAUAGCCAUAAUGGCUGCUGGGCGUAGGGCAACUAGACGGUGGAGCAGGGUGGGCCCCCGGAGUGCCGCCCCUCUCGGGGCGAAGCCAGGUGGUGGGUACUCGGUGGCAGGUCCGAGUACCUGGCACACAGCCCGGACAAGUUGAGGCAAGGGGCCCCGGCGACUCUAGGUCCCCGGCCGAGAGUGGUGCGAGAAUGAAACAAAGAAUGUGCCCCGGGCAAAGAUUGGCCGGCCGGUGUGGUGUGCCCUUGUCAAUCAGACGUGCGCACUACGGCGGCCGCGGCGUAGUACUAGUACAGCCUAGAAAAAUAAAGUUUUUCGACAAAGAGCAAUGCUAAUGGCCGAACCCUAGAUGGGCAAAAGGCCUUCAGCGUCGAAAGCAAUUGAUAUAAUGUGACGCACCGCGGCCGCAAAGACAAGGUCGCGGGGCAGUCCCGAAAAAGAUGCAGGGCGGGGGAAAAAUUAUGGCCCCACAACGUUGGCAGGCCCCGGGCCGGGGACGUGCGGGUGCGCAUAGAGGGCUGUACAAAUGCGUGGCCCGGCCCCGUUCGCUUUAUGCUCGUCGGCUUAGUAUGUAUGCCAGGCGGAAUUAUCGUCGUGGCGUUGAACUGGGCCGGGCGGCCCGAAAUGCGCUUCCAUGGCCGUUUUUGCAUAAGUGUCCUUCAUUUUAUUAUAUAUAAUUAUUUCCGUUUCUAUCGCAAAUGACUGUAAAGCGAAAGAGGGGCGCACCUAUUUGCGCCGUUUGAGGCAGUAACGCCUGAAGAAAUCAUAGCAGUGAGCGGGGUAACAGGGACUUGCCCGCCUUGGGAUCAUUUCAAGGAGCUGGUGCAGACGACAAGGUGACUUUGCAUGCGAACCUAAUGGUUGCACAAAAUUUCGUCGCGAAGAAACCUGAGACCAACCCAUUAGUGCAGGAAGAAGCCAAGCUAGAAGACGCGUUAGACACGAAAAUGAUUGCGGAGAAUGUGGUGGAUGACCCAUUUGUGAAACAAGCUCUGGGAGAGGAGUUCAUAGAAGAAAACUUUGACAAGCGGGAGGAAGAUUCGACAGCGUCGGUCCUCUCUUUCUCGCUCGCCCGCGGCCCCUCGCCAACUGUCCAUCUGGACCUGCUGGCCGCCGCGGUGGCAGACUUGGAAAGGGAUAGCGACCAGCCGCAGGCCUUCCAUGAACGUAUGAGUGCCAUUCGAAAUCUGGUCGGCCUCGCACGACAAGCCCAGCAGCAAACGGUUGCACAUUCUGGCUUGGGCUUGGCCAAGCUCCACAAAGAACAUCUAUCCAGCGCAAAAAGGCCGCCCGCCCUGCUCGUUUCGACGCCCGUACUUACACAUUUGCAGGCAUAACAAACGCAGCACCCUCGGCGUAUUGGUAGUGAACAUGUGCGCGCGGGGUUCCCGCUCACGGUGAGUAGCCCGGGCCAAACACCGGGCACGCGUUGGGCCCUGUAGUGCAAAGCAUGAUAUCGCGCAAAGGGCAGAAGGCAUGGCCCUCGGGAAUCACCGCGGCCAAAGCCGGGAGGGGCAGGCACCAGCGAGGGCUUGCGCACACACAUGACGCUCGGUUUUUAGGGCUAGCGCAAGUCGCUGUUGUUUUUGGCCAGGGCCGGGCGGAAAAUUUUUGUAGAGGAUAAGGCCCCGAAUUGAUACAAAAAUUCGCAAUCGCCGAAACAAUGCUCCAGGACAUAGAGAGAAGGCUCGAGAAUUUUGACGACGAAAUCCAGUCAGGCUUGCACACAAAGGUCCAGGUGAUUGGUGUGGACCUCAAUCCAGAUCACCCAUUGCAUAGCUAUCAACAGAGUCUCAACGCAUUGGUCGACCUGUGGAACGAAGAGCUAGGCAGCCAGCAACAUGGAACAGCCGGGACCAGUCAGCUCCGGCGUGUCAACGUUGCAGCCAGAGAAGCGUGCGAGCCCUGCGACUAUUUGCAGCGCAAGGUGACGGUGCGGGAGCGAUGGCCCAUGCCCGAUGGCUCGUGGUUCUAUUGCCAAGAAGAAGAGUCUGUCAGGCAGCGUCGCGAACACCGAAACGCCGUUCGCGCGCAGCAAAACUUAGGAAGACUUAUGAGAGGUGCGACAGAGAUUCCGCUAGAAGCAGAUAAGUGUGAAAAAACGAAAACGGUCAAGGAGGACCUGAAAGCAGCUGGUGCAUUCGCGCGUUGCGAUGUCGUAAAAAAUGGCCUUCGUACAGGGCAAGGCAACUUCGCCAAAGUGUCUCCAGCUCAGUCGACCUUCGAGGUCAUAUCGACUUCGACACCACACCCACAGGUGUAUUUCGUUCCUCACUGGCAUGAAGAUGUCAUUACAGCUUGGUCGAAGCCAGAGCCCCCGGAGACCAAAUGCAAAGCAGAGGAGCGGUAUGACUACCCGAAGGGCCACUUUCGGUUCGCAAAGUGAAAUCCCAACGUCCCGAAAAUGUCUCGGCGCCUUUGGCCUGCAUAUAUGGCGCCCCCUGCUUCUCAGAGGUAAACAUGACCCAGCGGAGCGCGCGACGACUACGCGCUACCGCCGUCGCAGCAGUAGCAAGAUGCGCUGGCGCACCAGCAAUGUCUUUUCAGCCGCCCCUUGACAAGGAUAAUUUGCCGCCCCAGGAAUGGGGGCGGGCUGCAAACGUAACGGUGGCGCCGCUAGUAGCAAAAGCAACAGAGCGCUUUUUCGCUCGAAACCAAGAUCGGCCCAUGUGCAUGCCCUGCGGCUGCACGCCCGCAGAGAAGCUGGCUGCCGCGCCCCAUCAAGGUGGUAGCCGGAGAACAAUGCUGGUGGCAGCAGGCGGGCCGUGCCUUGUUGUGUGGGACGGUGUGGGUGCCGCCUGGCAUGCAACACGGCGCUCCCCACCGCCCCGUCGCCGGCCCGGCCCAUCCGAGGAUGGCUGGGAAAAGCAAAGAGGGGGCCGGAGGCUCUUCUUUAUCGUAACGGGCGACCGAACGACAGAAACCCGGGGGGCGCCCGGGUACCCUGUUUCUAUCUUGCGAAGCUGCGCGGCUUUGGGUGCUCCCUGGAUUGUGUGUUCUGUGAUCAUGUGUUCCACCUCUCGGUGAAGGCUGCCAGAUAUGAUCGCCGCAAUCAGCAUCUGCGUACCCGCCUUCCUCGGCUGCGCGGCAGACCGGCGCAGCCGAUCUUUCGUGCAGUAGAUCAUGAAAAACCGGGCGGGCCCGUGAUCCUAAGCAUACACACCCUUUUUUUAGGUUUAGGUCAAAAGCGCGAAUGCGCAUAAGGAAGUAUCAACCCGGAUUCGCAUUAGAGGCUUCUCAUCGCAAGCAUGCCGUGUUUCCUUAAAGGCUCCAAACGCCGAGCAGAUCAGGGCGUUGCGAUUUUCCUCUAUAAAGAGCCAAACUUGUCCAAUGGGUGUGGCGGAGUUACAGAAGAGAACAAAAACCUACAAGGCUACAUUACGCAUCAUGAGCUGAAAAGAACCGGAGCGCCGGCAGAUAUGAAGUUGUAUUUCGAUGCCAAACAUUGGCCGGGCCACCAGUCCGACGUUAAUCCCAACUCGAACGCGCUGAGCAAGCCGCAUUAAACAUGGAAAACGCAGCUAGAGCAGAAAAAAAAGCAUUUGAAAUUUUGAUAAGCGCAGGUUGUUUCUUGCCCGGGGCCGCUGGCCGCACUGUGGUGCCCAUUAGACAGCCCACCCGUCGCAGAGGGCAUCAGCCGCGUAUGCAAGCCUUGUAGUGCCUUCGGCCAGCGGUCGCUACCGUAUUCGCGCCCGCCCUCGCGCGCACCCCCCGCUCCCACUCACCACGCUAGCUCCUUCGGCCGGGGCUCAGAGUAUUAAUUGGCGCGGCCGUGUUGUGGGUAGCAAAUAAAAGUGCCUCCGGCGGCCAGAAGUGCUAAGCCGGCCGGCCGUGGCCUCAGUGUGUACCUCAGUCCGCCCCCCGGCGGCUCUCCGUCUGCCGACCGCCCUGGCGAGGUUUCCUCCCGUUCUCUGAAAGCCCAUUUUAGUUAGGCAUCGCAUGCAGGAGUUGGCUUAACUUUGUUGUGGCGAAGCUAUGGGCCCAUUGCAGGAAGCGGCAGGGCGGUGCAGGUGUUGUGGCACCCUUUUCCUUUUCUUUCGUGCCUGCACUUCCGAUCGCCCUCUGUCGAGCUUUCAUUCGACAAGGACGAGGCCCUGGCACUUUUUUGGUCAGGUCAGCAAAUGCGCUCGUCGCUUUAUGCAUGAUUGCAGGGAGGUGGCCUGCCACAGCCUCCACUCUUCUACCUCCGGACCACAAGCAGUACCGCAACCGAAAGACAGUGCUGCGACAAACCAAAUGCUUGGCCUUCCGCUCUUGGCCUGUGCCCACCUAUACUUUGCCCACACUCCAGAACAAGAACAUUGGUCUGCUGUUCUCCUGCCCGGACCAAGACUGCCCCCGAGAUCAAGCGAGUGGCGAAGCAACGGAAGCAAAGCCGGAGCAUGUCACGUACAUUGUUCUCAAUGUGGAGGGCGGAGCGAGCCUGAUUCAAGACGCAAUGGACCAUGCCGCUAAAGCUGAACAAGCACGCACGGUAGCGGCUUCGCACGGGCAUGAUCCGCCGCCGUUUUGUUGUCCCGCAACGGAACUACUGGGUGAUCGGCCAGAUAUAGCGAUUGCCCUUUCAAACCAAUCUAGGCACGCCUUUGUUUGGCAAAAGCAGCUUGCUUUUCUCACCCAGGGAAAGGUGCCGAGCAUUGCUUUUGUUAGCAAAGAAGGCGAUGAAAGUCAUAUGCUGCGUCCGAUUGGAGACCUCUGGAAGUCGCUUUACCCUGACCUUUUUGUUGGAGACCCUGUAGAAUUAUCCCCCGGGCCUCCUCGUUGAUCCAGGUCGAGUCUGGCGUAUUCUUCAUCCAUUCAAUUUUAAGGAUUUUUUUGCGUGUUUGACUUGGGAGUUUACUCCCCGAAAAUAAGAGCAGUAUAAUUGAUGAGAAUACUUCAGUCAAGAUAGUAGUACUUCUCUGCGUCACUGAUACAUUGGUUUUAUUUUCCGCACCUUACGCAUGUUUCAUUUUCGUAGAGGAAUGUUUAUGUCAGUCACUGUGACUGACAAGACAUUAUUCGCCCGUAGAAAGGAAUGAAGACCUAGUAGGGCCUUCCAGGCGUUGUAUUAAGGCACGUACUCGAAUGACGCAAGGAAGAGCAAGAAGAGAGGUAUUGUUUUGGGCCUUGUGGUUGGAUGGAAAUGGAUAGCAGCAACGCCGACGGGGAACUAAGGUGUGUGCUGGUCCUUCUGUCCGAACCCGUUAUUAAAGGCGUUGGAGGCAAUCUAACGUAACUAAUCUCUACGAAUAUAGUUAGAUACUCCGGCACGAAACUACAGUGGGAGAUGUCCGCUCAGCUGUUGGUCGCGAUCCGUUGGAGCGCCAGGCGUCGACUGCUUGGUUGCUCUCAGAAGCCCACUGCCUAGAGACCGAAAUAAAGAUGAACAGAAACAGUGUCACUAUUAGAAGGAGGGUGCAUCAAUGGCCCACUUGAGUUUUAAUAUCGUAGCCCAGCAACAUCGGCGAG